CCAGGACGGACGUCCGUCUCCCACCUGACUCUGUGUCUCCUCUGUCCAGUGUGAGGACACUGACCACCAGGACAGACGUCCAUCUCCCACCUCACUCCGCCAAGCCACAUCCACAGGCCACCACCAUCUGGUCCCUUCGGUUGGCAUCUUGAGGGAGCCGUAGCCCAGAGACAGGAAUCUGCAGACUUACAGUCAAUUUUCCAAGGGUCUCCCUGGCCAUGUGCGGCCACUUUCCCAGGGCAGCCCUUGGGGUGAUCUGCCUUUCUGUUUCAGUCCUUCCUUUCCUCUGAGACUUGCUAGCUUUUGUUACUCUGUCAACAUCAAGGCCUCAGCUCCCUUGGGACACUGGGACAUCCUGUUCCCUUGCCCAGUCUGAGAAUCUGUCCCAAACAACUCUCACUGGGUUCUUUACAUCUGUCGAAACUCAGCUGACCUGCACAGAAGCAAGUUUAACCUUUGGGGCCUGCAGACAUCUUUGACGCCUACGGGGGGCGCUGAGUCCAUGUCCCUGACACGUUGUGUGUGUACUGUGUAUAUGGUGUGUGUGUGAGCGUGCGGGGUGUGUGUGUGUGUGUGUCGUGUGUGUAUACGGUGUGUGUGUAUGGUAUGUGGUGUCCACACACACCGUAUACACACACAGCACCCACGCCCCAGCCGGGGGACUGAAGUCUUGUGUCAUCCAGUGCAGCUCUCCGGUACAGACCGAUGUGCCCACGGUCUGUGCCUGUCGCGCUGUGGCCCCACACUGAGACAAGUCGCUCCGUGAGCCGCUUUUAGAAUGUAAAAGGAAACGUGUUCUGUUAGGAUUUUAUAUGUAUGUAUGUCUGAAACAAACAAACCAGGAAUCCCUUCUGUCUGGGAAUGUGCUUCAGCUCCUCCAUCCAGCGCUGCAGAAUCAGGACGAGGGUCCUCCCAGUCCCCAGCCCCAGAGGUGCUUUUUAGGCAGAAAGCCUGCGUGGGCACAGCGAGUCCCACCACGUCCUUCCGAAACGCCUCUCGGGGGUCGCGGGCUGGGGGAGCGGCCCAGCCCGGGCAGGGUGCCAGGGGACAGUGACAGGGCCCCGCUGCGCCCCAGUGCCUGCAGAGAGCAAGUGCAGAGUCACAUAGGAAAUGCGCCACAGGCUUCCUCCGCACCUCAGCUGGUCUCCGCGGCAGUUGCUGCUCCUCGAGGAAGACGCUGAAGGUGCGUUGGGAGGCCUCGAGCCAGCGGGCGUGAUGCCACCUUUGCAACCUGCUACAGAGGCUUAGCGCUCCUUGGGACAGGACCGUUUGCUGACCGGGGUGAUCCCGAGGCAGGCGCACCUCCUGGGCGUGCAGAACUGCUGCUCUCGUGCUCCAGGGAGGAGGCAGCCGUCAGACACGCUCCCGAGCCCAUGGCCCUAGGGCUCUCAAAGCCGCCACCUCAGCUGCUGCUACAGAGCCCCCGCUGAGCCGCCGGGCGCACCAUGGAGCGGUACCUGUCCAAGCCCGACAACGCCACGCUGCAGAUGCUGCGCAGCCCGACCAUCGCCGUGGUCCUGCCGGCCGUGUACUCGCUGGUGGCGCUCAUCAGCAUCCCGGGCAACCUCUUGUCGCUGUGGGUGCUGUGCCGCCACAUCGGGCCGCGCUCGCCUUCCAUCAUCUUCAUGAUCAACCUCAGCCUCACGGACCUGGCGCUGGCGCUGGUGCUGCCCUUCCAGAUCCACUACCACUGCAAUCGCCACCACUGGGUCUUCGGCGUGCUGCUCUGCAACGUGGUCACGGUGGCCUUCUACGCCAACAUGUACUCCAGCAUCCUCACCAUGACCUGCAUCAGCGUGGAGCGCUUCCUGGGCGUCGUGUACCCGCUGUCGGCCGCGCGCUGGCGCCGUCGCCGCUACGCGGUGGCCGCCUGCGCCGGCCUCUGGCUGCUGCUGCUGGCCGCGCUGUCGCCGCUGGCGCGCACCGACCUCACCUACGAGGUGGAGGCGCUGGGCAUCGUCACCUGCUUCGACGUGCUCAAGUGGACCAUGCUGCCCAGCGUUGUCACCUGGGCCAUCUUCCUCUUCACCAUCUUCAUCGUCCUCUUCCUCAUUCCCUUCGUGGUGACGGUGGCCUGCUACACGGCCACCAUCCGUAAGCUGCUGCAGACCUCGGGCGGCUACGGGCAGGGCCAGAAGCGGCGCUCUGUGUACCUGGCGGCCGUCGUGGUACUGGCCUUUGUCACCUGCUUCGCACCCAACAACUUCGUGCUGCUGGUCCACAUGGUGAGCAGGCUCUUCUUCGGGCGCAGCUUCUACCACGUCUACAAGCUCACGCUCUGCCUCAGCUGCGUUAACAACUGCCUGGACCCCUUCGUCUACUACUUCGCCUCCAAGGAGUUCCAGCUGCGGGUGCUCGGGUACCUGGGCUACCGGAGCCCACGCGCAGACAGCCUGGAAACGCGCCGCGACAGCCUCUUCUCCGCGCGCACGCUGUCGGCGCGCUCGGGCUCCAGUGGGCAGGCGGACUGCCUGGAGGCGGUGGGCAGGGCCUUCCUCCAGAGGCAGGAGAGCGUGUUCUGACCCCGGAGCAGGAGCAGGGGACGACAUGCCCUCAGAAAGGGCGACGGCACGGCGGGGAGCGCGCAGCCGAGGCCCCGGAGGUCUGCGGAGCGCAGUGCGGGCGCCGGCGGAGGGGCUGAGUCCAGUCAACGAGGCUUCAGAGACCGCCAUGUGGAAAAGGGUCAGAGACCAUGAAAGAAAAGCUAAAUGGGGGAACGGCGCUGGCCGUUUUCUGGGGAGCGGUGACUGUGUGUGCAGUCUUCCAGGAGCCCGCGUCCCCAAACGGCCGCCCAGCCGUGUGGCCCUGAGGUUUUGCGCUCAGGCUGGACCAGCUGUCCCUUCCACACUCAGCGCUCGCCGGUGGUGACUUUGAGCCGGGGGAGCGGCCGGGUCGGGACGCACGGUAGACCUCUCCGCUUCCCUGGCCCCACGCCCGGCACUCAAGCCGCACGGGGACCUCGUGUUGGUCCCGUCGAGUCACGGGGAGCUAAGGUCCUGCGAGGACAGGCCAGACUCCGCCCCAAUGACUCUGGGGCUCCUGAUGCCCCCACGCCAAGAGCACCGUAUCCCCCGCUGAGCCGAGCACAGUGACCUAGCCCGUCCAGUGCCGUGUGGCUGCCCCCGGCAGAGGAGACCGCAGGGACAUGUAGGUGCCGCCUCUGAACGCUCGGAGCCUGGGACAGCGGAGGCCGAGCCUCGUGAGGGCCCAGCCUCGGCGGCGACCAUGGGUGGCGGGACACACAUGUACAGCUAGUGUUUGGGGUCCCCGCCAAGGCUUCUCAGCGCCCGAGGGGGCUGGGCGGCGGGGAUCCCACCGUGCGGGGUUGGCCGGGCUGCAGCGGCGCCUGCAGUUUCCGCGCGAGGGAGCACCGCAAAUCGGACCAUUGGGCCCCAGCGCCUGAGCACCAGUCCCAACACCCGCGCCGCCCGGGAAGGAAGGGGACCCAUCCCUGAGGAGUCCAGGACGGGGACCCUGCGGGUUCCCAGGAGUGGAGGUGUGGCCACAACCCAGCAAAGUGUGGAGAGGGGACAUGUGUGCGAGGGGUUCACGGACCUCAGGGAGAAAGGCUCGAGGUCCAGCUCUCCACCCUGGGCAUGAAGGGCGGGUAGAGAUGUGGCAGGGGAGCUGCCUGCCCUCCCCACUAUCAUGAUUGCUUUGUAAGAAGAGCAGAGGCACGUUUGUAGAAGGGUAAAUACUGGCCCCCCAAAAUUCAUGUCCACCUAGAGUCUGUGACUAUGACCUUUUUUGCAAAAAGGGUCUUUGAAGAUGUAAUUAAGUGAAGGAGCUCCAUCAAAGUGACAACCAAUGACUCAUAACAACCCCAUAGGAUAGAGUAGAACUGCCCCAUACGGUUUCCAAGGAGCGGCUGGUGGAUUCAAACUGCCGACCUUUUGGUUAGCAGCCUGGACCACUGCACAACCAGGGCUGCAAAUUGACAACAGCAACAUGAAAUUUGGGGGGCAGUGCGUUUCUGUUCAUGCGGGAGGAACAAUUCGGAAAAGGAGGCUGAGAAUGGUUGCCCAACUGGAAGAAUGUCAUCCAUGUCACUGAAUCAUACACGUAGAGAUUGGUGAACUGGUGUGUUUUACUGUGUACGUUUUCAACAACAAAUAAAAUGUUAAAACGCACGGGGAAAAAAGUGAAGGAGUUCCAGAUGAGGUCACCCCGGAUUAUCCAAAUUGCCCUAAAUCCAAUGACAAGGGUCCUUGUCAGAGAUGAAGGAGAGGCACAAGGCAGAAGGCCAGGAAAACUCAGCCAUGGAGGGACGCUGUGGAGCACAGCUCUACUCCAACACACGCGGGGGCGCUGUGUGGGGUCGUCUUCACACAGAGCAGAGAUUGGGGUGAUGUGGCCACAAGCCCUGGAACGCCUGAGGCCACCAGAAGCUGGGAGAGACAAGGAAGCAUCCUCCCCUAGAGCCUCCGGAGGGAGCGCGGCCCUGCCCACACCUUGAUUUCAGACUUCUGGCCUCCAGAGCUGAGAGAAUACAUGUCUCUGGUUCUGAACCACCCAGCGGGUAGUGCGUAACAUGGCGGCCCCCAAAACACUCACAGGCACGUUGAGCCACUUUAAAACUGUGAUGGUCAACAGACCUAAGGAGGUUGUGGGUGACAGGUGGUUGCAGGCAGCCUGCCUUCCCCGGCACUAGCUCUGGGGUUCCUGCUUUGUGGAACUCAAGUAUCCCCAUGGGUCAGGGGAGGGCCUUGCAAGAACCAGACAAGUCUGUGAGGCCGGCAUCGGUGACUCACCGUGAAGAUGCCCUGCAGGACGAGUUGCCAGAGAUCCCAGAUGCUCCCCGGCUCAUGACCACAGGGUGCCUCUGCCAGCACCCACCUCCGGCAAAGCCACACCAUCCCCUCCCUCACCUGUAAUUCUCGAACAACCUCGUGUCAUAGGAAAAGCAGUUGCUGUGGAGGUUUGGAAAUAGUGGUGAUGGGUGCACAAAACGGGGAAUGUAAUUAGUAUCAUUGAAUUGUACAUUUAAAAAUGGUUAAAAUGGCACGUUUUGAUAUAUGUAUUUUUUACUACAAUAAAAUUAAAAUAA